AUGGACUUCCUCAAGGCCGAGAUCGCCAACAAGCGAAAGGCGCUCUCGCCUCCCACGGCCAGCGCAUCGCCCUCGGCCUCUGCCGAGCCGCCGACCAAGUACAUGCGCAGGGGCGAGCUGGAACGGCUGCAAGAGCAGCAGAGGAGGGCAGAGGAGCAGAAGCAGAAAGAGGAGAGGGAAAAGGCCAAGCGGGCGCGCGAGGACAAGGCCAAGCGGCCCGCCACCGCUGCAGCCGCCUCAGCCUCGGCCUCGGGAUCAUCGACACCGCGCCGCGACCGCACCACCGGCAGCUCGUCGCCUGCGCCGACGACGGCAGCCUCCUCGUCCGCCAAGGAGGCAUUCAACAUCUCCAACCACGAGGCGGUGCGGCGGCUGCGUGCAAAGGGGCAGCCCAUCCGCCUGUUUGCCGAGACGGACAAGGAGCGGCGCCUGCGGCUGCGCGCCCUCGAGCUCAUCGAGGAAAAGGGCAGCACCACGGGCCAGAACGACUUCCGCACAGCCAUGCAGAGCGCCGAGACCGACAUGGCCCUCGAGCUGCUCGAGCGGCGCAACGCCUCGGACAAGGGCAAGGCAGAGCGCGACAAGCUCGACGGCAAGGCAAAGGACAGCGCCGCCGCCGCCACCACCACCGCCGGCAAGGGAGCGGACGGCGGAGCAGCUGCGUCCGAGGGCGCGGCGGCAGACGAAGACGACGGAAAAAAGGCCGGCAACGAGUACACGGGCAUGGACGGGCUGCUGGACCUGAGCCUGAUCAAAAAGGACACGGCGCGCGUCUACCCGAUCAUCUAUUACACCCUCAAGGGGCUGCUGCAGGACUGGGCCGAGCACAUGGCCGCGCGGCCCGACGACCUCAAGCAGACGACACAGGGCAAGCUGGCCGCGGCCACCCAGGUCCAGGCGUCCGAGUACCUCAAGCCGCUCUUUAAGCAGUUGCGGAAGCGGACGCUGGCGCCCGACGUGCUGAUGCGCAUCGCCGAGAUCGUGCACUACAUGCAGAAGCGCGAAUACCGCAACGCCAACGACUCGUACCUCCAGCUGUCGAUUGGCAACGCGCCGUGGCCCAUUGGCGUGACCAUGGUCGGCAUCCACGAGCGUUCUGGGCGCGAAAAGAUCUUUAGCUCCAACGUGGCCCACGUGCUCAACGACGAGGUGAGCCGCAAGUACAUCCAGAGCCUCAAGCGGCUCAUGACGUUUGCCCAGACGCGCUACCCGCCAAAGGACCUCAGCAUGCUCAUGGGCUGA